CGCAUCAGCACUGUGCUCUGUACUCAGUACUUGUUAUGGAAGCGUCCGCCAAGUCAACUUUACUGCCAAAUGCUGUGCGAGACGCGGCGUUUCAGAUGGCCAGGGCACGGCUGCGGCUUCUUCCUGAUGUACCAGGUACACGCACUUGGGUGCCCGAUAAGCCCUGGUUUGCCUUAUACUUUCAAGCUUCGAACCCUGUCUUUUGCCUGUGUUGCCGCCCCACGUCGCGCGAAGCCCAUCAUCCCCAACUUCUAGAAUCGCCUCUCACUCGUCCAGAUCUGCUACUACGUAUGCGUGGGGGGUGAUAUUGUCGAUGCUUGUGCGCUUUGCCGGAUUCCGCAUUCUCUCGCAUCGCCUCUUGUGAUUCUCUCUAUUUGGUUUUGAUAGCCUACGCGCGCCCACGGAAGCAAUGGAAAACAAGGCGCCCACGACUGCCGACAAGGAGGCAGCCAAGCAGUUGGCUGAGGAGGAGCAGGCCCUUAAUCUGAUGAUGCAGCGGCUCAAGCUCCUACACAUCAAGGAACGCAUGCUACGGGACACCAUCCCCACGAUGCUGGAGCCUCUGGUGCAGAAACAUCCAUCGCCAGAUGUCAUGUAUGCCGCCUUCAUGAAGGCUGUCAAUGACGCGCAGGCAAAGAUUACCGACUUCACAAACCUCAUGAGGGACGAGACCAGCACCGAGGCCUUUGCCCGCGCCAAAAAGAGCAGAGAGGAGAGACCGCUGGGCAUCACGCCUUGGAGGCACGGAGAUUACCCGGGCUGGUUUGAUUUGGAUAAGCCCUGGACGGCAUAAACGCCAUCAUGUUUCACAUUUGUACACGUCUUCUUUUUUUGUCUUUUUCAUGCAGGGAACGCUGGCGAAUCGGUUUAAUGGAGUAGAGGCGCUGCGGUGACCGUGUUCCUUUGCCAGCUCUCUAUACCCGGAUGAUGUUGCGUGGGUUGGUCUCUGGAACAGACAAGGUUGAUUUCGUUUAUUCAGGUAUGGGUACUUUAGUUGCUGGAUAUUUUAAUCACAAAGGCUUGAAUGUGAGCAGUGUUGGUCAUGAA